GGGCUGAGCGGGCGCUCGGUGCGGGCGGUCACCGCCGCUCUCGCCAUGCGGGCGCUGCUGCUCCCCGCGCUCCUGCUCCCGGUGCUGGCCGCAGUGCACGGCGCCGCCACGGCUCUGGGUGAUGUGGACCAGGUCCGGAUGACCUCCGAGGGCUCCGACUGCCGCUGCAAGUGCAUCCUGCGGCCGCUGAGCAAGGACGCCUGCAGCCGCGUCAGGAGCGGCAGCGCGCGCGUGGAGGAUUUCUACACCGUGGAGACGGUGAGCUCGGGGGCUGACUGCAGGUGCUCCUGCACCGCACCCCCCUCCUCGCUCAACCCCUGUGAGAACGAGUGGAAGAUGGAGAAGCUGAAGAAACAGGCCCCUGAGCUCUUCAAGCUGCAGGCCAUGGUGGACCUGCUGGAGGGAACGCUGUACAGCAUGGACCUGAUGAAGGUGCACGCCUACAUCAGCAAGGUGGUGGCACAGAUGAACACGCUGGAGGAGACCAUCAAGACCAACCUGAGCAGGGAGAAUGACUUCAUGAAGGAGAGCGUCCAGCACCUCACCGACCAGAUGAAACGCUACGAGAACUACUCUGACAUCAUGAUCAGCAUCAAGAAGGAGAUCUCCAACCUGGGCUACCAGCUGCUGCAGAAGGAUGCGGCUGCCAUCCCUGAGAGCAAGGCACAGGACACGACAGGUGGCCGGGAGAAGGAGGCAGGACGGUACCCCAGCACCCGCAAGGCACUGGGGGACAGGGCAGGCCCCCGAGCGCCCAAGGAGAAGCCGCUGAAGCCCGAAAAGCCCAAAAAGGAGAACCCCAAGGCCAGAGCAGGGUCACAGCCCACGGCCAAGCCCAAGCCCCUGGCACAGCAGCAGACUGUGGUCCGAGGCAUCACGUACUACAAGGUCGGGCAGGCGGGAGCGGCGGAGGGUCCGGCCGGCAGCCGCGAGAGCCCUGUGAGAGGGACGGCUGUGUCAGAGCAGCAGGAGGACAGGGGCCCCCCGCCCCCCUCAGCCGAGGGCACCCCAGCCCAAGCUGUUGCACAGACAGAGACCACCGUGCCCAGCAGCACGGCUGAGCCCAGCACUGCCCCGGGCCCCCGCAGCACCGCCCGCAGCCCCCCCGGCCCCGCCCUCGGGCAGGGCACCGACAGCACCGGGGACCCCGAGACACCGAACAGAGUGAGGGAGGCGGAAUGCGAAGGCACCAUCGAGUCCGUGGAGCCCCCCAGGGAGCACCACAGCUACGGGCGCAACGAGGGGGCCUGGAUGAAGGACCCAGCAGCCAAGGAUGACCGCAUCUACGUCACCAACUACUACUAUGGCAACAGCCUGGUGGAGUUCAGGAGCCUCGACAGCUUCAAGCAGGGCCGCUGGAGCAACCUCUAUAAGCUGCCCUACAACUGGAUUGGCACGGGGCACGUGGUGUACCGAGGGGCCUUCUACUACAACCGUGCCUUCACCAAGAACAUCAUCAAGUAUGACCUGAAGGAGCGCUACGUGGCAGGCUGGGCGCAGCUCCACGACGUGGUGUACGAGGACACGACACCCUGGAAGUGGAGGGGCCACUCAGACAUCGACUUUGCUGUGGAUGAGAGCGGGCUCUGGGUCAUCUACCCCUCGGUGGACUAUGACUACUCCCAGCAGGAGGUGAUCGUCCUCAGCCGGCUGGACCCCGUGGACCUCUCGGUGCGCAAGGAAACCACCUGGAAGACGGGGCUGAAGCGCAACACCUACGGGAACUGCUUCAUCAUCUGUGGCAUCCUCUAUGCUGUGGACACCUACAGCCAGAAGGAAGGGCAGAUCUCCUAUGCCUUCGACACGCACACAGACACAGAGGCAGAACUCAGACUGCCCUUCCUCAACCACUAUUCCUUCACCACGCAGGUCGACUACAACCCCAAGGAGAAGGUGCUCUAUGCCUGGGACAACGGCCAUCAGAUGACCUACGGGCUCAGCUUCGUGGUCUGAGUGCCCGGGCGGGUCCCACUGCACUCCUGCACCCACCCUGCGCCAUGCAUGGCUGGGGCACCCUGACGCAGCCUGGCCCUGGCACCCCAACUCCAGACAGGGCUGUGGCAAGAGCCUGGCUUCCACCCCAAAACCUUCCCCAUCUGCUAUGGCCAUCACCUGCACCGUGCCCACUGUGCUGCAGAGCAGGGGGAGCCCGUAAGAGCAGCCCCCGGCAGACAGACACCCCUGUGACAACGUGGCCCCUGGGGCCGUGGCAGCUCGGCCGGCAUCGCCUUCCCGGGACACAGAGAGGAGCCCAGCCCCGCAUCCCUCUGCCGCUGCUGGCACCGCCCGCCCGCCCUGCAGCAGCGCACCGAGCGCCUCCCGCACUGCCCGCAGCCCGGCCACGCUCCCCGCACGCCCGCCGGGACCGGGUGUGCCAUCGCUGCCAGCCGUGCCAGGGCCGGGACAGCCCCCUGCCCCGCCUGCGCCCAGCCCCGUGGGGCGGGCGGGCCCCCUCACUGCCAGGCGCCCGGAACAGGUGCCAGCCGCUAUUUUAAGAAGUGUGGUUAAGAUGCCUUUGCUUUUGCUGAUCAUGAGUUUGUUAUUUAAAUGCAUUCACUGGAGCCGUGCAGGAGCCUGCCUAGGGUGUCCUGCACGCACAGCAACCUGCACACCUGCCCUCUCACCUGCCCUCUCACCUGCCCUCUCACCUGCCCGCACCCAGCAGUGGACAGGGCAGCCCGAGGGCCUCUCACUCCGUGUGAGGCAGAGUGAGGGGCUGCGAGCGCUUGGCUUGGUUUUGGUCGUUUUAGACAUGAGCAGUACUAAAACAUAACCGAUGUGAGAGCGGGCUGCGUGUGUUGUCAUCUGUCCUGGAGCUGGGCAGGGAGGAGUGGGCAGGGUGGGUGCUCACCAUCCCCAUCCCUCACUGUCCCUGUCCCUCGCCAUCCUUAUCCACUGACCCAACUUCCAUGGCCCGGUGUGCCAGGGGUUGCUGUCACAGCUGUAGCACACCUUGCAGGCACGUCUGCCCAGAGCGGGCACCCCACACUCUCCCAGCAGCACCGGCACGGUGCCACGGCAGUGCAGGGGCAGGAGGGUCCCGGGACAGAGCCGGGACAGGAGCCCCUGCCGGGUCCUCGGGACAGCUUUGGCAUCGUCCGGCCUGAGCUGCAGCCCGAGAGCCUUCGGGAGCCGAGGCGGGAGCAGCUGAGCGUGGGCACGGCGAGCCGCUGCCCCGACGCUGCUCAGAGCUUGGCAAGGGCGGAGAUGCCCGGGGCCCCCGGGUGAGAGCAGCCCCCGCUGCACCGCCCUCCCGUUCCUGUCCGUGCGUGCGGCCCCUCGGCCCCGCCAGGCCCCGCACACUCCGGCCGCUGGCCGCGGGCGCCUCGUGCUGCGGAGCUGGCACCGACCGUGUCCCUGGAUGCGGAAAGGUUUCCCACUGCGAAGUCCUGAAGCUGGUGCCAGGCGCGGGGCAGCCUGGCUGCCCCUCUGCUGGCCCCACGCUGCUCCUAGGUCCUCCUCUGGCUCACAGCACCACCUGCCCCUGCCCCUGCCCCUGCCCCUGCUCCUGCCCCUGCUCCUGCCCCUGCCCCUGCCCCUGCCCCUGCCCCUGCCCUGCUCUGCCCCGAGCCCCCACGCUGGCCAUGCACUGCCCCCUCUCUUGGCUGUGGGUCCUCGCCACCAAAAAGGAGCCGGCCGACUUUUCCCCCCGACUGGUCCCUGCCAGGCUUUUAUCUAGCGAUCCCCAGCAAAUCCCUGUACAAACAAUACGGAUUUCUGACAUUUUUUUGUAGUAAAGUAAACUCCCAGCACAUCUCUAA